CUGGCCUGGGGCGGAAGUCACUGUGGGGAGCGGGGACAGGAACCUGGUCUGUUUGACAAUAGGGAGGGACUCCCAGAACCUUUGUCACAGAAAGGAGCAAACGUGCUUUAGCCAACCAAUGAGCACUGUGGGCAGGGGUGACCCAGGCCAGGAGCUCCCAACCUGCCUUGAAGUGGCUGGAACAAAAUCCCUGCAGGGACCUCAGUAUAUCCUGUGGGGCUGUUCUGACUGAAGCUGGCUGGGGGCCCGGAAGCAGCCUGACCCACCCCCAACCUCUCCAUCUACCUGCUACCCCAUUUAGUCUCUGGGGCAUCGCUGGGAACCUCCAGGCUUGGUUUGAAACCCCCUGAACUGGUCUGGUCCCCUCAUUUCCCAUGGGGUGGCUGAAGCCCUCAGAGGAAGAGAGACCGGCCCUGGUCACACAGGCACCACGUGGGAGCCUAGAACUCGGUCUCUGGAUGCCCAGGCUCGCAGGGGUCCCCACUGGCCAGAUCCUGAGCUGAGGAGAGCGGGAGGAGGAGAGUGGUGGAGGGGAGGUGGGGAAAGGCUGCUUCCCUUAGGAGGCUGGAGUUGGGGACAGGGACAAAAGGGGCGUCCCUAAAACAGCAGCUGGUGGCUGAAGUGAGCACCUCCUCCACGCCCAGCCUGUGGGGCCCCAGAGGCCAUCCCAGUGCCCGCCUUUCCUCCCAGGAUAGACAGGUGGCCCGGUGACCAGGCAAGAGCUGGCAUUUGCACUGGGCCAGGAAGGCGGGUGCUGGGGGGCACUGCGAGCAUGGAGCGGGCUUUCACAGGCUGCGAGGGGCUGCGACCCAGGUGGUGAGUCUCCCGUCCCCAGAAAGAAUGCGGAGCUGGCAGCCUCCCCCACCAACCGUGGGCUCCGCAGACAGGAGGAGCCUGUCGCCAGCCCUGAGGGCCCGACGCUUCUGCAGGGAGCACGCGUCGCUCUGUCGAUGGAUCUGCACUGGCCUGCUCUGUGCUGCGUUUGCUGCCUUCCUGCUGAUUGCCAGCCUCCUGGAUUUCCAGAGGGCCCUGGCACUGUUCGUCCUCACCUGUGUGGGGCUCACUGUCCUCGCCCAUGGCCUGCUGAAGAGACUGCUGGGGCCCCCACUGCGGAGGUGUGUGGAGCCUCUGGGACGUGACCGCCUGGGCUUCUGGUUUGAGAGGGGUCUGGCCCUCGCUGCUUGCCUGGGCUUGGUGGUGUGGCUGGUUCUGGACACUUCCCAGCGACCUGAGCAGCUAGUGUCCUUUGCAGGAAUCUGCGUGUUCGUCAGCCUCCUCUUUGCCUGCUCCAAGCAUCACCACGCAGUGUCCUGGAGGGCUGUGUCCUGGGGCCUUGGGCUGCAGUUUGCACUCGGACUCUUCGUCAUCAGAACGGAACCGGGAUUUAUCGCAUUCCGGUGGAUGGGCAACCAGAUCCAGAUCUUCCUGAGCUACACGGACGUCGGCUCCAGCUUCGUGUUUGGGGAGGCGAUGGUCAGGGGUGUCUUUGCCUUUCAGGUUCUGCCCAUUGUCAUCUUCUUCAGCUGUGUCAUGUCCAUGCUCUACCACGUGGGCCUCAUGCAGUGGGUGAUCCAGAAGAUCAGCUGGCUGAUGCAGGCCACCAUGGGCACCACGGCCACGGAGACCCUGAGUGUGGCUGGAAACAUCUUCGUAAGCCAGACCGAGGCUCCUCUGCUGAUCCGGCCCUACCUGGCCGACAUGACCCUCUCUGAGAUCCACGCGGUCAUGACCGGAGGCUACGCCACCAUUGCCGGCAGCCUGCUGGGCGCCUACAUCUCUUUUGGGAUCGAUGCGGCCUCCCUGAUUGCUGCCUCCGUGAUGGCCGCCCCUUGUGCCUUGGCCCUCUCCAAGCUGGUCUACCCGGAGGUGGAGGAGUCCAAGUUUAAGGGCACGGAAGGGGUGAAACUGACCGCAGGAGAUGCUCAGAACCUCUUGGAAGCCGCCAGCAGCGGGGCCGCCAUCUCCGUGAAGCUGGUUGGGAACAUUGGAGCUAACCUGAUUGCCUUCCUGGCGUUGUUGGCCUUCGUCAACGCGGCCCUCUCCUGGCUGGGAGCCAUGGUGGGUGCCCAGGAGCUCAGCUUCCAGCUCAUCUGCUCCUACGCCCUAAGGCCCGUGGCCUUCUUGAUGGGGGUGGCCUGGGAGGACUGCCCGGUGGUGGCGGAACUGCUGGGGACCAAGCUGUUCCUGAACGAGUUCGUGGCCUACCAGGAACUGGCCCAGUACAAGCAGCGCCGCCUCGCGGGAGCAGAGGAGUGGGUCGGCACCAAGAAGCAGUGGAUCUCCGUCAGAGCAGAAAUCCUCACGACCUUCGCCCUCUGUGGAUUUGCCAACUUCAGUUCCAUUGGGAUCAUGCUGGGAGGCCUGACCUCCAUGGCCCCCCAGCGGAAGAGCGACUUCUCCCAGAUAGUACUCCGGGCGCUCUGCACGGGGACCUGUGUGUCCCUGGUGAAUGCCUGCGUGGCAGGGAUCCUCUAUGUGCCCCGGGGGGCGGCCGACUGCAUGACCCUCCUGAACACAACCAUCGGCGGCAGCAGCUUUGAGGUGUACCAGUGCUGCCGUGAGGCCUUCCAGAGCCCCAGCCCAGCGGUCAGCCAAGAGGCCCUGGACGUCUGCUGCCGAUUCUACAACGACACGAUCUGUGUGUAGCGGGGACAGCCUGUUUUUGGCCUCCUCGGGGCUACUCUUCCCCAUGACACGGCUGUCCCCACCUUUCUCUCUCCAGGACCCCCCUGGUGGAGGCCACAGGGCUGAGACUCCCCUGGGUCACAUGGUUGGGAAGGAAGGAUGGGGUGAGCGGGCUGGGACUGGGUGGUGUGGACAUAGUGAUGGCUGCCCCCGGUCUUUGCCCCUUUCCUGCUCCCUCCCGAAAUGCUUGUUCUCAGGGUCACCUCUGCCUCCUCUUCUCUCCCCUCCAUGUCCAAACAGCACCCUGGUAGUCUCUGUCUCCCCACUGUGCGUCUGUCCCAUGCACCCUUUCCUCCAGGUAUGGGGUCCGUCACCCUGGGCUUUGCACCCUCCCUCCUCUCACACUGGAAUCUUCUGUGGCUUGCCCGGGCAGACGGGUUCUCCUGGGAACCCCUUCCUUUCUUUCAGAGGCUCCCCUGCUGCCUUUGCCCUAAGCAUUCCCAAACUGGUGUCCGCGGAACACUGCCCCAUGAGGUGUUCAGAAGGUUCCAUGACACACCAGGCUUGGAAAACACCGGGCUAAAUAAAGCUAGAUGGGUUUUUCUUUA